UGAGCUACUAUGAAUCAUGCUGUCACAAGUCGCGCAUGCUUCUAGAGAUCUGUUCUCCAUUUCUGUCGUCGACGACUGCAAUCUCCUCGUCUUACUUGCAGGAAUAUUUCCUAGGGUUCUUCCCUCUUCUGCUUCUCUUCUCGUCUCCGAGCUGUUCUUCUCUAUUACAGAUGCAUCUGCGAUGGAUUUAGGUGGCGACACCCGCGAGUUAAAGUUCUAUGUAGACAAAAACUUUCUCGCCCAUUGCCCCUGUGGUUUACUCUAAAUGAAGCCUUACGAGAUUCAUUCAAAGAUGAGUUGCUGCAUUGUGAGAUGACAAUUGCUGAAACAAUCAGCUUCAAUGAUCAACAACCCCAAAACAGAAUGAAAUUUAUAAUAAUCUAAGUUUUCUUUCUAAUCCAUGGGUGAGUGGAUUGUUGGAGCUGUUAUCAACAUAAUUGGAAGUAUUGCCAUAAACUUUGGGACUAACCUUCUAAAAUUGGGUCAUGAUGAGCGAGAGAGGUAUUUCAUGCUUAUUAAUGAUGGAAGUGAUAGCAAACUUAAUAUGAAAUCAAUCAUACAUUUCCAAACUUGGAGAAUUGGUAUUCUUUUGUUUGCUUUUGGAAACUGCCUCAAUUUCUUUUCCUUUGCUUAUGCCGCACAGUCACUUCUCGCCGCUUUGGGUUCAGUUCAGUUUGUAUCCAAUAUUAUAUUUGCUUACUUUGUGCUACAUAAGACAGUAUCAGUCAAGGUCAUUCUGGCAACAUCUUUCAUUGUUUUGGGCAAUAUCUUCCUAGUAUCCUUUGGAAAUCACCAGUCACCUGUAUUCACACCGGAGCAACUGAUUGCAAAAUACACCAGCUUAGUCUUUCUUUUAUAUUGCUUCGCCUUGCUUUUGGUGGUUAGCCUCAAUCAAUAUAUUUACAGGAAAGGAGAAGCAUAUCUUGCAGUUUCUCAGAGUGACAGUCUUUAUUGGUCUACAUUGCUUCCAUUUUCAUAUGCAACUGUUUCUGGUGCUGUGGGUUCCUGCUCAGUGUUAUUUGCCAAAUCAUUGUCUAACUUGUUAAGACUGACCAUGAGCAGCAAGUAUCAGUUCCAUAGCUGGUUUGCAUAUUGUAUACUACUAUUGUUCUUAUGUACAGCCGGAUUUUGGGUAAUGAUGUCAUUAAGUGUAAACUGCAAAAUGGCAAGAUUAAAUGAAGGCUUGUCUCUCUUCGAUGCAAUCCUCAUUGUCCCUAUGUUUCAGAUUGCAUGGACCUUCUUUUCCAUCUGCACUGGAUUUGUAUAUUUUCAGGAAUAUCAAGUAUUUAACACCCUAAGAACGACUAUGUUUGUAAUGGGGAUGGCAUGUGUGUUCUUUGGUAUUUCUUUGUUGGCACCUGAUGGCACUAAAGGAUGCAGAGAAAAUACUUCUUCAUUGUCUUCAGAUCCAAGCCUUUCAACUAAUAUGAACAGAGCACCCAAGAUACUGACAGACGAAACCGAAGCAAACCUGGAUGGGUUGCUUGCAAAUACAGUGCUUGCGAAAGCAAGAUAUAUGCUCCUGAAGGCCAAGGCCGUUGGUUCUUUUUCCCUGGGUCUUGGUGAGGACUCACAGGGUGCUUCUUCAGUACUUGUAAUGCCUAUGGUAUCUUCAAGGACAACAGGGUUAAGAGACACCAUCUUCGAUCGAACAAAGUUCAUUCCCCUAAGAAACUCCAAUGAUACAGAGAUGCAGGAAGAAGUCUUUGAUUGACAAGAUCUUCUGGCACUGUUUGCUUGGUAUACGUUGUAGAGAUAUGAUUCUGCCAAAAUUGUAAGUUCCAGGAUCAUAGAUCCACAUUUGGCAUCCAAACAUAUUCUAUACAGUAUUCUUGUAGAGUGAUCGAUAGAUUUUCUACUUGACGGUCCUCCUGGGAAAUCUCUUUGGAUUUGCUUCUUCAUCCAGAUGCUGUGAAGGUAGCUAUGAUUGUUGUAUUCUGCAAGUUUAUAAGAUGUGAAAGGGCAUAGCGUUUAUCU